AUGUCCUUGACGCGAAAUCGCCUCCUGCGUUCCGUGUACGACGAGCUUGUCGUAGUUGGCAGCCGCUGGACACGAGUACUGGCUGUGUCCGUCAAUGCCGCCGAGGUGGGGCCGCCGCAUGUUCAGAGUCACUUGGCGCACCCCACAAUCACCGUUAUCCCGACACUGCAUGUAGCAGGCAUUAAAUUCUACGACCGCGUGCUAGAGUAUAUUGACCACGCCGUAAAGCGCAAUAAGGACACGGUGGUGCUACUGGAGGGCAUCUGUGACAGCGAGGCGGCCGGCAAACAGCAGCUGCAAGAGUACCGAGCCAUCAUGGAAAACGAUGCCCUGCGGCAGACAAUGCUUGCCAAGGCUGACGACAACACCCUUUACUCCCCCGAGGUGAUGUGGGAGAUUUGCCAAGAGAUGGACGUCCGUUACGACCUCUUGAAAUCGAUGGAGUCCACGGUGCGCCUGCAGGAGUGCUACCUGAAGCCUAAGCUGGCUGCCAUGUGCGGGCUCAACCUGCGCAACGACGCCGACUUGAACAUGCACGAGGUGCAGCGCUUACUCGAAGAGGAGUCAGUAAGACUUCAAGCGCUCGGCGAGCAACUUCCUUCCAGCAUCGCGGUAAGCCAGCUUGGCUCAUUCCCUGUAAUUCGUAAGCACCGCGAGCACAAGGUGGCGCAAGUGGCGCGGAUGCAUUGCACCCGCUGGUUUGAGCAGGAGACAGAUGGCGAGGUAGUAAUCCCGUGGGGCUACUUCCACACUGAGGCAAUCAUUCACUACAUUCUAGAGGGAAACAAGCGUGUUGGCGGCGCCGUCCGUAUCGAUGGCGGCGAUGCGUCCUCGUCAAUGGGCACGAGUGGAAGCGCUGGUGCCGCAUCACCGAGUGAUGAAGCACGCCCAAAGAGUCCCACCAACCCGGGGGGGAUGGGUGCCAAGGCAGCUGCUGCGGGUAGUCGUGCUGACCCAGCUGCAGCAACCGAACACUCCCCACCUCGACUCGUGUUUAUGGAAGCCGAUGAACUGUUUACCAAAGUUCCCUUCAACGUACCAAAGGACCUCUUCGAGCCGGUGCGAGAGAAGGCUGGCAGCAACCAGAAUGGCUGA